AUGAAAUUGCUGAGCAUAGUGUCCAUUGCUGGUACACUUGCCUUUGCCGCUGGUAAGCAAGUCACUGGUGUAUUUACGAGUUUUGAUUCUCUUGUUUCGGAUGCCCAACCUGCCGUAAACAUUACGAGCCCCGCUACACCAAGUUGGGUUGCAAACUUGAGUUGGGCUAUGAGUGCCAAUGCUGUUUCUCCUGGUGAUACUUUCGGUCUUAAUAUGCCAUGUGUUUUUACAUUCACAAAUGGAAACAAAACUUUUGAGCUACAAGCUGAAGGCAAGACAUAUGCAACAUGUUUGUUGACGGCAGGAGAAAUUUCACUUCCGUAUUCCUCCGUGGAGUGUACUGUCACCAACGAGAUAAUCAACGGAGAUGUGGUUGACGGUGCUGUAUACUUCCCUAUCACCUUCAACGUAGGAGGGUCAUCUAAUCCAGUUGAUUUAGUAUGCUCCAAAAGGUUCAAAGUAGGCAUGAAUACUAUAACGUUCAAUGAUGGGAAGAAUUCUCUCUCAACCACUGCCACUUUCAAUGGAGGUGAAGAAAUUAGUCAAAGAUUCCCGAAUCACCAAGGGCCAACUCUGGAUCUUACCAAUGCAACCAGCUACGUGAAAUAUCUUCCACAAAAGGAUGUUUAUCAAGCGUUCGAAGUGUCAAGGGAUUGUGGUAAAAACUCAAGCACCCGAGUAGAGAUGGCCCUCACAGUGAAUAAUGGGGUUAUUAAUUGUUCUUCCUUUCAUGUUUUCAUCUCCAAUUCGACCCAGUUCAAUGAGUGGGGUUUUCCUACAAGUGGUAGAAAAAUUGAUUCCCAGCUGUACUUUUGUAUCGAUCAGCAAAUAAACUUCGAAGUCAGCCAAGUUCCUCCAGGAUAUCGUGUAUAUUUCGAUUUUCUUUUCACAAAUCCCCCACUGAGACUUAUCGGAACACGAUCCUAUGUAUCUACUUUUUGCGGAAGAGCUAAUCAAUACGUAUCUACUUGGGCUAAAUUCUUAGGUGCACCACAAGUAGGAGAAGCCGGAUCCACCGCACAAAGAUCUGAGGCCACAGUUACUUCUGCAUGGACAGGUACUUAUACAACCGCUACCACUGUUGCUGGCACUGAUGGUGUUGAUACUGUGAUCAUCGAGGUUCCAGUUGCAACCACCACUGUUUCUGCUUCAUGGACUGGUUCUUUCACCAACACUAUUACCAGAACCGGUACCGAUGGAACCAACACAUUGGUGAUUGAAAUUCCCGCUCCAAAAUCGGUUNUCUCAGUUACCUCCCAAUGGACCGGAAGUUACACUACUUCUACUACCGCUACUGGUACUGAUGGCGUUGAUACUGUGAUUGUCCAAGUUCCAGUUUCUCCUAGGGAUGCACCAUCCAGCGUUCAGAGUACCCCAGUACUGAGUUCUUUCUCUUCUGUUACCUUAACAUCCAGCAGUUCCAGAAGACUUCCAUGGAACUCAAGUGCCAUAGAACUGACUACUGUUCAUGAAACCACUUCAGCAUUAAUUAUCUCGACUACUUCCUUACCUUUUGUUUCUUCUGAUUUAUCCACUUCCUCGGUGGCUACAUUCCCUAGUGAAUCCUCAAGCGUUAUUUCAUCCCCAGUUAUUCCUUCUACUUCUUUGACCCGAUUGACCACUCAUUCAGACACUUCUACCCACCCUCGGGAAACCUCCAAGGAAGCUGUCAUCUCAACGGGACCUAGCCAUGACAGUGGUAUUCCAGGUAGUAAUGUUGACUCAUCUACUAGUCCAAUUCUAAGUGGCAUUUCCACUGGUUCUGGCGCAUUCCCUAGAACCUAUCCACUGGUUGCCGUACACCCUGAGGUUCCAACUUCGGAACACGGUGGUAACACAGUAACCACGUUAGUCCCGAAUAGCAGUGUCAUUGGAUCAAGUGUCUCGGCAACUGCCUUUUUCCCUUCCAUUAGUAGUUAUGAGGGAUGGGCAUCAAGACCCAAGGCUUCUGAGUUCUUAGUUGCAUUGGUUGCAAUGGUUGCAUAUGCAUUCUAGUAUCCAAAUGCACAAUUGGUAUUUUUAAUUUCUUCAAUUUUUAUUUUUCUAAAGAAUCUGGACUGUGUUAUAUUGAUGGGUUACAGACAAAAUAGAAUAGUUUUCGGU